AUGUUUAAUUCUUACAUUUUGCCACAUUUUGACUUCUAUGAUAUACUCUAUGGCUGUGCAAACUCAUUGACUCUAAAAUGCCUGGAUAAAUUAUAUUAUAAAGCUGCUGUGAUUUGCUCAGGUGUCAUCCACGGAUCAUCCACCAUCAAAGCACUCCAUACUUUAAAUUGGCCAUCACUCGAAAUCCGUAGGAAAUUACAUAGGAUGUUCCUAGUUUUUAAAGUUUAUAAGGGGAAUGCUCCGAAUUAUGUUAGCUCUAUUUUUGUAAAGUUUAAAAGAGCACCUAUAAGAGAUCUAAGAUUAACCUUACCAUAUCACAUCCCCGCGAAAAGAUCAUCAAUCCAAAAUAGAUCAUGUGUUUUUUCUUGUUUAGGAGAGUGGAACUCACUUGAGCCAACUUUAAGAGAGUGCAUUGACAUAGAUUCCUUUAAGAGGGCACUGACAAAGAGUUUGAUGAGCACAAACAUAACUUUGGCAUCUGAUAUCAAUGUCAGUAGAUCACUUGAAAUCUAUUUAAACCGAAUAAGAGUGGAUUUUAUAUUUAAAGCUCAUUUACAUGCACAUAACUUUGUAAAUAUUCUUUCGCCAGAUUGUGCUUGUGGCCACACAAAUGAAACCACAAUUCAUGUGUUUUUCUCCUGUCCCAUUCGACAGAGUUAUUUUAUUACUUUUGAACAACAACUCUGUGAUCUAAAUAUUGGAUACAGAAAUUCAUGUAAGAACAGGCAGGAAAAACUAAACUUUAUUCUUUAUGGCCACGAAACACUUAAGAAAGAGCAAAACAUUGAUAUUUUGAAGUUGAGUGCAGUGUUUAUCAGGAACUGUGUUGAGGGACCCCAGGCAGUCUAGUGACCUAUUAUGCUUAUAGUAUCAUUACUAUCAGAUCAUUUGCAGAGCUAGUUUUGUGAAUUUAAUCCGAGCUUUAAACUGUGGAAAUUCCAUAUUUUUGAAGAUUUACGAUCCAAUCCAACCUUUACAUGAAAUCCACUACAUCCAAUCCACCUUUUAAUCUUUACCUAAUUCACAAGGCAAAUAUAGAUUGUCAACAUCACAAUAAAAAACUUCUGUUUUUUCAAAAAAAACGGACCCCUUGUU